AAUUGAUCGUAGGUUUAAACGUUUGCAAUAUUUUUGUUUUAAGACGUAUUGUCUGUUUGUUUGUUUUUCACAAAACUUGCUUAUAAAUAUAAAGCCUGGAGCGCAAAUUUGUUAUUGAAUUUUAACUAAUUACGAACACUUAAAUUCAAUUAAAUACUUAAAACAUAUUAAAAAAAAAACAUGUCUGAUGCUCCAAACAAAAGUUCUAAAGGCAGCGCGGAAUCAAAGAUAAAUAUGAAACCAAAUUUCGGAUUUCUACGUUCUCCUCCAGGGAUUCUGAUGGCUGUAAACAUAGUUCUACUGUUUAUUGCUUGGGUAAUAAUGGCUGGUUGGAAAGACAAUAACGUUUAUUAUUUUUUGUUUUCUGGACAUGUAUCUUACUUUUUAUUUGCCACAAUCACACCUUGGUUGGUUCUUUGCAUUCUCUUUAUUUUAUUUAUUUUCAAGAUCCACACAAAAAUACCUAUCAAUUGGCCGCUUACUCUUUGUAUGAACUGCGCAAUAUGGAUUAUUUUGCUCCUAAUAUCUUCGAUUAUUGUUGCAAAUGAUGCCCGAAAGUACAAUACAACCUCAGGAUUUGGUUCUGAUGCUCUUGGUGCAGCUUCGGCUUUUGGGUUCUUUGCAUGUGUUGGUUUGGUGAUUCAAGCAUUUUUUCAUUUCAGAGAAUACAGAAAUCCUGUUUGAUCUUAGCAAUUUUAACAUGCUAACAAUCUAAGAUGAUGAUGCUUUUAAAUAUAACCUUCUGAUAAUAAAUAAGUUUUUUGUUUUCAUUAAUGAGGAUUUUCUUGCUUAAUCAAAUCUGAAUUAUAUUUAAUUGGUCGAAUUUAUUUUUGAAUAAUUUCAUCAAUCAAUCAAAUUGAUACAAAAAUUUUAUGCUUAUUUUUAUAAUCAUUUAUCUUUUAAUAUUGCUAAUUACGAUUUCAUGUAUUUUGUUUUUCUUAUAAAUUUUUAUUUAUUUUUAUGAAUUUUUUGAAUAGUGAAAAUGUCUGAGCUUUGAUGUUUUUACUGUUUUGACAACGUUGCGUUUUUGUAGUGUUUAUUGUCAAAGUGAAAAAGAUUUGACAAUAUUU